UCGGAUUGAAGGUGUUGUAAAGAGCGGACAGUCCUCAAAGUCGCCGCAGGUUGAUAAAAAAUAUACUUGACAGACAUGGAAGUGUCACCACGGGUUAUUGCCUCAGGAAAUGAUGACAGUGUCCUCCAUCAUCGCUUAGCUGCCUAGAGCGAACAUUUCUAGUCUUGCGGCCAUUUCGACGGGACUCGGUUUCCGAUUAAAUUAACACAGAGGAGCUAAAACCCGGGUGUAAGUGGCGUCUUUUUUGGGGGGCUGUGGGAACAGGUGCAGCGCGUCUUGGCUUCUGUCUCCCCGCAGGUAGCCACUCAGCUGGCUGUGGACUCUGAAACCCAAUCUGGAUCAGGUUGGACAUCAUAUUUCAGGAAUGUCAUCCACCAUUGAGAGGAAGACCCUGGAAACCAAUGAGGAGCCGGUGGAUGAGGUCCUCCAGAUGCCUCCGUCUCUGCUGACAUGUGGUGGGUGCCAGCAGAGCAUCGGUGACCGCUUCUUCCUGAAGGCCAUAGAGCAGUACUGGCACGAGGACUGCCUGAGCUGUGACCUGUGUGGCUGUCGGCUGGGGGAGGUUGGUCGCCGACUUUACUACAAGCUGGGGAGAAAAUUAUGCCGGAGAGACUACCUCAGGCUUUUCGGUCAGGACGGUCUCUGUGCCUCCUGUGAGAAGAGGAUUCGAGCAUUUGAGAUGACCAUGCGAGUGCGGGACAAGGUUUACCAUCUGGAGUGCUUCAAGUGUGCUGCCUGCCAGAAGCACUUCUGCGUCGGUGACCGCUACCUGCUCAUCAACUCAGACAUUGUGUGCGAGCAGGACAUCUAUGAGUGGACCAAACUCAGCAAUAACAAUAUGGUUUAGAAAAGCCUGCUGAGUUUGACGGAGCGUCAUCCCGCCAUUUCCAGCUUUGGCUUUAAAGGGAAUAUAAUCUUGAUAAACAGACUUUUUUAUAGCCUUGUGCAGGCUUAAUCAUGCAUCUCUCAUUUGUAUGGAAACAUUGAGCACAAAAGGGGUUGCUACGUCUCUGAUUUACUCUGCUGGAGACUAAUGAACACUGCACCAGCAAUGACAGAAAGCUUUUCAUCUAGGGCUUCAUCCUUAAAUGCAAAAACUCUGAAUAUACGUAAACAUGCAAUAAUGGCCAUUUGUCAUACACACUGGAGUUUUAGGAUUUUAGCAAUGAGCAAAAAAAAAAAAACUGAAACAAAAACAAAAACAAAAUCUUUGUUAAGUUACUUGUUGUCAAACAGUGUUGCAUCACCUCAGUCUGGCCUGAAAUGUAUUACAAGAUUUUCUGAAACUUUAUUUUUUACACUUCUGUAAUUUCCUCAUAGUUUUAUUGUACAUAACUAUGUAAUUUGGUACAAAUUAUAGGGAAAAUAAAAAGAGCUUCUGUAUUUAGUAAAUAUUUAUGAACUAAACCAUUUAUUAUUGUAAAAUGUAUCUUACAUUUGUGACCCAAUUGUAUUCUCGCCUCUUAACAAUUUUUUUCUACAUGUUCAGCUGACCUGCAGUUGUCAGACCAAAAGCUAUUAAGUGGAAUUAAUUAAUUGCACCAACUGAACACUGUAUUUUCCCGAUUAUUAGUACAAAGUUACGUAGUUUAUGAAGUUUAGGAAACUAUUAAGAAUUUUAUUUGAAAAUUACAGACUUGUAAAGUAAAGAGUUUCCAGAUGUCCAUGUAUUAAAUGGAACAGAAUGUCCAUUUUGUGAAGUCCUGAUCAGAAUGAUUGCACUGUGUUGCCAGGUUGAACUGGUGGCGCCCUCUAGUGAGCGAGGGAAACCACGCAAUACAAAUUUUACUGACUUGGGAGAUGCUUUUAAUGUAUCUUUUGUAAUUUGAACAACUCUAUAG